AUGACCUCCUAUCACGAUCACCUAAAAGUCAUUGAAAUACACAACCGUCCCUUCGUAUUAUCUGCACAAUUCGGAAGCAGCAAUAUAUUUCUCGUUCCUACUUUCGCCAUUUCAAACCUACCAAAAACAAUCGAUGAGCAACGAUCCGUUCAUAUGAUUAACCCCACAAACGAAUGGAUCAACCGCGUCACUCCGAUAAAUUGCCAACAGGCUCGUCGAACUCGCGAUCGAACUCCAGAUGCAGCACUCGUCGGCACCGGCGAUGCAACACACAAGGUGAUUGCACAGCACGACAAAGAUGAGCAAGUUCCUGUACAACCAGUCGCUUCGUACGACGCUUUUAUCGCGCGUCUUCACGCAGCCGAGUCGCCGAGGAUAGUCGAAGGUUCCCGAGCGACCGCCGAAGACGCCCGAAAGCUCGCGUCGCCGCUCGAGCCGCCGCCGACGCGAUCACGUGAUUGCAUCGAGGAUGUCGAUAGUAUUCCGGAAGCUGACACCAACAUCGGCGACCAUGUCGACGACCGUAGACUCCGCGCCGGGACUGACAGCUUCCCGAGCAUCAACGAGAGACCGGUCGACGACAUCUCCCUCGAGUUCUUUUACAAACCGCACACCAUCACUCUGCUGCUCAUCUCCAUUGGCGCAGUCAUAUACUCGGCGUUCACCAGAAAUACCAUCAAUGUCGAGGAUAACAUGUGGGCAGGCAUGUUAUGUGUCGUUUUCUUCUUUCUCAUCAUAUCUGUCCUAACGUUUCCCAAUGGACCAUUCACCAGGCCUCAUCCAGUGGUAUGGCGGAUAGUAUUUGGCUGCAGUGUUCUGUAUCUAAUGGGUCUGUUGUUCUUGUUGUUCCAAAACUACGAGACAGUUAGAAAAAUUCUGGUAUGGAUAGAUCCAGGUUUAGCAUCCUUUCACAUCGACAUGGAUAAGGAGUAUGGUGUUAAUUGCUCAGACGUCACAGUAGAAAAAAUUUGGAAUCACUUGGACGUGUUUGCAAUGGCUCAUUUUCUUGGCUGGACCUUCAAAGCUAUUCUGAUUCGUCAUCUUGGCAUCCUCUGGGCCAUUAGUGUAAUGUGGGAAGUGACAGAGAUCGCCUUUGCGCAUUUGCUGCCGAACUUUGUUGAAUGUUGGUGGGAUGCACUGAUUCUGGAUGUUCUUGUGUGCAAUGGAUUGGGUAUUUGGGUCGGCCUGAAGAUUUGCUCCAUAUUAGAGAUGCGGGAAUAUAAAUGGGUCAGCAUCCGUGACAUCGAGAGUACUACUGGGAAGCUGAAGAGAGCAAUGCUACAAUUCACACCUGGUAGCUGGACAUCUGUCAGAUGGCUAGAUCCUACUUGCACACAUAUGCGAUUGGUCGCAUUGUGCCAAUUAGUGAUAUUUUGGCAAGUCUCUGAGCUCAAUACCUUCUUCUUGAAGCAUGUCUAUGAAUUUCCGCCAUCUCAUCCUUUUGUUGUGGCCAGAUUAGUGUUGAUUGGCGUCAUAGUCGCGCCAUCAGUCAGGCAGUAUUAUAUGUUUGUCACUGAUCCGACAUGUAGUCGAGUGGGAACUCAAUGUUGGGUCUAUGGAGCAAUUAUGGUGACUGAAGCCCUGCUGUGUAUACGUCAUGGUGCAGCUUUAUUUGAGCGUACUCAAGCCCUCAAUAUCCUACUUUGGUUGCUCUGUCAGUCUCUAGUCUCUGUUCUCUGUGUCUAUGGCUGUGUCUUGUGGCAUCAGUAUUUUGAAACGGGAAAGAAAGCCACUAUAAGGCGGUCCGUCUCUCAUCUAGGCAACUUUAACACGAACGUAAGCGGGAACAUGGUUCGCCGUACGAAAUCUGUGGAAGAAUUGGAUAAGAAAGAGCUGUGAGGAAAGAACUAAAGAGGACCGCUCGAUGUGAGAGCUGUGAACGCUAAUGAAUAUUUUCUAGUCGAAUAAAACAAUCGCGCGUAGAAGAAAUUUAUAGGAUAAAUGAUAAUGCGUGCGUGCGAAUUAAUUACUUAUGAUGUGACGUGGUACGAAUGUCUCCGAAACUGUUGUUAAUAUGUUCCUCAGAAUAAAUAGAGAAUAUUGUUACCACUCGAGUGGUCCGCGGACGCUCCGAUUUAGCGUUCGGUCAAGUUCGAUGUGACUUACGUAAAUAUCAUUUAUUUAUUCAUAUUCAUCUGCCUCACACCAUAUUUCUACUCAUUUUCAUUUGACAUAGCUGUAACUUUAUUUCGCAAAGAAUGCGCUUGCAACGACAUUGUUCGUCAAGAAAUACUGCUUUUAAAUUUAAGAUAUACUACAUAUCUUCCUUGCACAUGAAUAAGAAUCUCUGUAUAUACAAAUUUAGAGAUACAGAAGCAAAAUACACGUUUUUCAAUUUUUUAAUACAAGAUUGAAUUAUAGAUGUAGUCUUAACAUACAUCAUUCACGCGUAUGAAACUAAAAGCAAAUACUUAAUAUUUUUUAUUCCAAAUAAAAGAGAAAUCCAUCAUCGUUUGUCCGUAUACCUGUACAUUAGAAAAGUUUACUUGCGAAUCUCAUAGGACGGACAGACGGACGUGAAUUUCGUUUCUGUAUCUAUCGAUUUAGUAUCUUGUAAUAGUUCGCGCCGCGGAUACUUGUAAGCUGACUGAGUCUAUAAUAGAUCUAUAAUAGAUCGCAAUGUCCGUUCAAUCAAUUUUCACUCCGGCAUCAGUGCAGCGGUCUCUUUGAAGUCUAUAUACGGAAAGAUGCUGCAAACGUCGUUGGGAGCGAUCUGCGAACCCAGCGGACAGUUCCACGCCUCGGCGAGGAGUUUAUUGUUCGAUGCAGAGACAAACACGUGAAUCCGGUUUGGCAAAUUCUCGCUCUCGUGUAAAGAGAUGUACGACGACGUGAGCGGCGUCUUCGUGCAAUAUGUCUGCAAUCGGCAGAGAUUAAUAAAAACUUGAUAAAAACAUUAAGGCUCCUUUCUUCUCGCUGAUCAUGUUGGAACUGUGACGUUAGAAGCGAGAAGAUACACUAAAAUUCUUAGAUACCAUUUCAAUGAAACUACAGAUGGCUUUAGCACACUCUUGAAAUAUCUCGAAAACUAUUUUUUUCCCUUUAUGAUUUAAUUAUAUAAUGUAAUUAUAUAUUACAGUCAUUUUACAACUGUUGAUUAAUUAUAAAGAGAAAAGGAUAGCUUUCAAGAUAUUUUAAGAGUGUGCUGAAGCCUGUUUCUGAAGUGCUGUUUAACCGAAAUAUCUUUUUAUUUCGAAAUGGCAUCCAAAAAUUUUCAGCGUGUGCUUUCUCGCCUCUGACGUCAAAAAUCUAACAUAACUGCAGCGAGGAUCCAGGAGCUUUAAUUAUCCGGAGUGGAUGAUGCAUGAACUUUCCUCGGAAUAAUCCGAGACUCGAAAGAAUCUUCUCACCCUCUCCCCGCUAAAUAAAACUAUGAUUAAUAUAAACCAAACUAUGAGAACAGUACCUGAGCGUAGGCGAGAUAGAAUAAUUGAUCGAUGCGGAGUUUUAGCCAUGGAAGCCUUCUCUCCGCAUUCGAUCUAGUAAGAGCCAAAGUAUCAUAGGCUAGUCUGAGUCCCAUAAUUUCAGACAACCGCUCGUUCAAGGUCAAUCGCGGAAUCUAGAAUAUUCGAAAGUAUCUAUAAUUUGUGUCUGCAAACGAUAAAUUAUAAUAAGCGAUUCGCGUCUUAUUUUAAAUCUUGUUGCAGAAUCUUUUUUAACCAUUGUUUCAUUAUAUACAUGUAUAUAUGUAUAUUUAUUGCACAAUGCAAUGUAUAUAUAUUUAUAUAUAUACAUUAUGCAAUAAAUAGGAUUAAAUAUUCUAAAGAGUUAAGUAUUCGUUUACCAUAAACGACACUGUCUGAUCAGUGAAGGGUAACGUCAUGUUCAUAGGUCCUUGAUAUAAGCUUUCCUUUUGACAAUUGAUGUAAUCGUCAAAGUUUGUAUCAGUGAAUUCAUUCUCAUACAUCAGGGAAUCUUGAGUAUUCCUAGUUUGGUCCCAAUAGUGUAUACCUAUAUGUGAUGAAAACACGAAUAAUCGAAAAAUCUUUAUUUAUAAGAGCAAUUUAUAAAUAUUCAUUUAUAUAUAAUUAGCACGUGCUUGUUUCAUUUACCAUUCGCGUCGAAAUGAUGGGCGAUCUGAUGUGCUAUUAAAUUUCCGAGCGUUGCGAGCAGAAGAUAAUCAAAGGAGAGUUCAUCAUUUAUCAAGGACCAAUCAAUAAUACCAUAAGGAAUCACAAUGAGAUUCAAGCCGUAGAUUGCUUGCGCUUUCGAUUGGAAUGGCGUUGCAUAAUACGUCCAACUACGCAAUUUAUAGAAAUAUUUCAAUCUCGAUUUCAGCAGUCUUCAAGAUUUAAGAAAUAAAAUUUAAAAAUCACAGUGAUGAGAGAGAUCCAAAGUUUUUUUUGAGCUUCUGAAUUUAAAAAAUUUCACAAACAAAAAAUCUAACAAUAUAUACUAUCUGCAAAAAUAAAGAUUUUAAGAAUCUUUGCAAUUUUCUCAAAAAAGUUCCAAGAAUAAAUUUAAUUGCAUGAAUUGCGUAUCUUACAUUUGCUUUGGAUCGCCGAUUUCUCGUCUUAAUUCAAUGUACAUCAGCGUUCGAUAUCUUUUCAGCAGAAUCAUCGAAUUAUUGAAAUAAUUGUCAGAUAGAAUUAUCUGAAAUUUAUUAUUUUCAAUGUAUAUGAUGUAAUUAGACAAACUAAAUAAGAUUUAUAUUGAUAAAUCUUCAACAAAAUUGUUUUAUUAAUAUCCAUUUAAUAAAAUAGUAACAGUAAAAAAAUUUUACCUGUGACACAUUAUAUUCACUGUAUAGCGAGUCUCUGUUCUUGAAAUAAGAAAUAACAGGCAGUGCAAGCUCGA